UAGUCAUCCCCUUGGGGUUCCCACGAUGUUCUUCUACCUGAGCAAGAAAAUUGCCAUUCCCAAUAACGUGAAGCUGAAAUGUGUAUCCUGGAACAAGGACCAAGGGUUCAUAGCAUGUGGUGGUGAAGAUGGAUUACUGAAAGUUUUGAAAUUAGAGACACAGACAGGUUCUGUUCAAGUUGUAAUAUGGAAUGAACAGUAUCAGAAGUUGACUACCAGUGAUCAAAAUGGGCUUAUCAUUGUGUGGAUGUUAUAUAAAGCAACAGGAAUUCAUCCUGACUGCACAGCGAUGAUGUUUCUGAAUUUAUUGCCGCCUACUUUUCCUUUGAACUGUGACCCUUUGAACUGUGAUCUUAUGAAAAUGAAACUGAAUUGUUUGGUGAAUGUCACUGGAGCCAUCAGUAUUGCUGGAAUUCACUGGUACCAUGGCACAGAAGGCUACGUGGAGCCGGAUUGCCCUUGCCUUGCUAUUUGUUUCGACAAUGGAAGAUGCCAAAUAAUGAGACAUGAGAGUGACCAAAAUCCGGUUUUGAUUGAUACCGGCAUGUAUGUAGUAGGUAUCCAGUGGAACCACAUUGGCAGCGUGUUGGCUGUGGCCGGCUCCCAGAAGCAUCUGGGUACUUUGAAAGUUCCUGGAAAGCAAAUGUCUGGACUGUCUUGGGAGGGAGGUGGACUGAAAAUUGCACUAGCUGUUGAUUCCUUUAUAUAUUUUGCAAAUAUUCGACCUAAUUAUAAGGAGGAGAACGAGAUGGAGACAUUUGGUGCAAUGUUUGUGCUAGUUCUUUGUAAUUCUAUUGGCACACCCUUGGAUCCCAAAUACAUUGAUAUUGUACCAUUAUUUGUUGCAAUGACCAAAACCCAUGUGAUAGCAGCUUCAAAAGAAGCAUUUUAUAUCUGGCAAUAUCGUGUGGCAAAGAAGCUCACAGCACUGGAAAUUAAUCAGAUCACGCGGUCUCGAAAAGAAGGGAGAGAAAGGAGUGUGGAGUCGGAAUUACUUCUGUUAAGUAGGGGUCGUGAAUCUGGCACCAUUCAGAGAUACAGUCUUCCUCAUGUUGGUUUGAUUCAAAAAUAUUCCCUUAAUUGUCGAGCCUACCAGUUAUCCUUGAAUUGCAAUUCUAGUCGUCUUGCUAUCAUAGACAUCUCAGGAAUUCUAACUUUCUUUGACUUGGAUGCUCGAGUAACAGACAGCACAGGACAGCAAGUAAUUGGCGAGUUGUUAAACUUGGAGCGAAAAGAUGUCUGGGAUAUGAAGUGGGCCAAGGAUAAUCCUGAUUUGUUUGCAAUGAUGGAGAAGACAAGAAUGUAUGUUUUCAGAAACUUGGAUCCUGAGAUUGCAGAUGAAGAGGCAAAGAAAAGAACUAAACCUUUACGUGUUAAGAAGCUCUAUGUACUGUCAGCUUUACUUAUAGAGCAAUACCAUGAACAAAUGAAAAAUGCCCAACGAGGAAAAGUUAAAGGAAAGAGUUCAGAGGAAAUAGCACAAAUGUUUGUGAAAGUUGGAAUGUGUGAACAAGCAGUGACUGCAUUUUUGAAAUGUAAUCAACCAAAGGCAGCUGUAGAUACCUGCGUACAUCUCAACCAAAAUCCAGAACAUCCAAACAAGGAUUAUCUAAUUAACUUUGAGAUUCGGUCCCUGCGAGACAGUCGAGCACUGAUUGAGAAGGUUGGAAUUGAAGAUGCAUCUCAAUUCAUAGAGGAUAAUCCGCACCCCCGACUUUGGCACCUACUAGCUGAAGCAGCUCUUCAGAAACUGGACCUGUACACUGCAAAGCGAGCAUUUGUGCGCUGCAAAGAUUACCAAGGCAUUAAGUUUGUGAAGCGCUUGGGCAAUCUACAGAGUGAUUCAAUGAAGCAGGCUGAAGUUGUUGCCUACUUUGGCAAGUUCGAGGAGGCUGAAAGAAUGUAUCUUGAUAUGGACAGAAGGUCCUAUUGUUUCACUCUUCACCUGAGAGACUAUGAAGACAUUAUCCCUGCUGUUGAGAUCUACUCUCUGUUAGCACUCUGUGCAUGUGCCAGCAGAGCUUUUGGUACUUGCUCCAAAGCUUUCAUUAAGCUUGAAUCUUUAGACACCCUCAGUACAGAACAGAAACAGCAAUAUGAAGACCUUGCUCUAGAAAUCUUCACCAAACAUACUCCAAAAGAUAACAGAAAAUCUGACUUGGAUAGCCUUCUGGAAGGGUAG